AGGAGCUGUGCGAAGGGGAGACGCAACCCCCGCGCGUUUCUGUGAAGCGUCACUCUUGCGCCAACUGCUCACAUCUACCCCCCAGCAUCACCAAGGGAAGAAGACCAUCCAGAAGCACACUCGCCAACAACAAUGGCCUACUUCAACAACCCCUGGACCUACACCCACGAGCGCGAAGCAGGUCUCUACCGCUCCCUCCCUCCCGUCGCAUUCGCAAAAGCGUCCCGCAACUCCACCCCGCUCCUCACCCAUCUCACCCAAACCCAAACCCUCCGCGCCCACCGCGGCUGCGUCAACGCCCUGUGCUGGAACGCCACGGGGGAUCUAUUGAUCUCGGGGUCGGACGAUAAACGGCUUUGCGUGUGGAAGUACGCCCCGGGGCCCGCUUUCCCCGCCUCUGAUAGCGAUGAGAUCGACUACCCCACCAAGCUGCUGACAACCAUCUCCACGGGCCACCGCGCCAACAUCUUCUCCGUGAAGUUCCAGCCGCGGGAUGAUAGUGUCGUUUAUUGUUGUGCGGGGGAUGGGUAUGUCAAAGUGGUGGAUCUGGAGUUGACCGAGGGCAGGGAGGGGGGCAGGGUGAGGGAGACGUAUGGGUGUCAUUCGGAUCGGGUGAAGCGGAUUUGUGUGGAUUGGAGGGAUCCGAAGGUGUUUUUGAGUUGUAGUGAGGAUGGAACAGUCCGCCAAUUCGACACCCGUGUCCCGCACACCUGCCGCACCCGCCAACGCACCCCAACCUGUUCCGCCCCGCUGAUCAACUACGCCCCCAACCGCAUCUACCUCAACUCCCUCUCCCUCUCCCCCCUCGACUCACGCUACAUCGCCGUCGGCGGGGACAAUCCGUACGUGUACAUCCACGACCGGCGAAACGCGUCCAAGUGCGUCGCGAGGCUGAUGCCGCCGCAGGCGAUGGAGGAGAACAGAGGAGUGCAGGUGACGAGUGUGAAGUUUAGCGAAGAUGGGAGGGAGGUGUUGGGGAGUUGGACGGGGUACGGGGUGCAAUGGUUUAGUAUGGAUGGGCUUACUGAGAAACCUCGGGAGAAGACGCACGCGCAUGCGGCGCCGUCGAAGAAGAGGGCGCAGGAGGGUGACUCUCAGUAUGCGGGUGUGGGGGACGCCCACCAUGGGGAUGGACACAGUCCCGUGAAGCGAUCGAGGAGGAGGAGGAGUGGGGAGAGUCUGGCGGGUGGACCGAUGGAUGUUUCGGCGGCGUCGUCGGCGGAACCUACGACUCACGCGGCGGAACCGGAGAGCGCUUCUCGAACCACCCACACGCAUACGACUGCCACUGCGGAUCCACUCCUUGCAGCCAUCGGUGAUCCGACCACAGGCGAGCCGACCCUCGCGAAUUUAUUCAAUGGGACCUUUGACCCGAACUUGGACGUCGGUCCCGCGGACGAAGAGGACGAGGAUGACGAAGUAGACGAAGAAGAAGACGAGGAACGCUACUGGCACUGGUCCACCGAAGACGAAGAAGAAGCCGCCAGCGACGACGAAGACGAAGAUCAAGACGGGGGGUCCUACACCACCACCGAAAGCGAAGCCAACUCCACCCACUCCGACUUCCAAACCCUCCACGAUCCACCGUCCACCGCUGAACCCACCACCACCACCACAACAACAACAACAACAACAACAUCCCACCCAACCCGCCCCAUCCCCAAACGAAACCGUACCCCGCACACCCACACCCCUGUCCUCCCCCCCCUCCAAUCCUACACGACCCACACCAACAUCCAAACCACAAAGGACACCAACUUCCUCGGCACCACCCACGUUGUCUCCGGGUCCGACGACGGCACGUUCCAUAUCUACGAUAAGCUGUCCGGGGAGCUGUGCAAUCUGUUGCAGGGGGACGGAAGUGUGGUGAAUGUGGUGGAGAUGCAUCCCUGCGGGGGUGCGGUGGCCGUCAGCGGGAUCGACGAGAGCGUGAAAAUCUUCGAGGCGGUUUACCCGGACCGGGCGCGGAGGGGGGUGGAGGAGGUUGGCGCCGGAGCCGGGCGGCAGGAUGGGGAGCCGCAGGGUGCGGGGGGUCCUACAUUGACGCAGGGUGCAGGUGGCGGGAGGGCGAGCCUGCGCCGCCAACCGUCCCUCGCGGAACAGUCGUUGAGCCAGACGGAGCGAUACGUCGGCGUUCUGAGAGGCAUGGCGGGGGAACCACCGGUCCCACACGACACGGCAUCGGCGUCCGCUUCUUCAUCCGACCCCGACCCGAUCCCCUCACCCACCCACCUCCUCGCCACACCGUUCACGUACCUCACCACCACCACCACGGUGUCGUCGAUCCCUUCCCACCCGUCGGCCCUCCCGCCGUCGUCCUCCCUCCUCCCCCACGCCCCCCGCGUGAUCGCACUCGCAAGGGAACACGGCCGGAGAACGGCGGGCGGGUUUCCGUGGAGCGUGCUCAGGGCCCUGCUGAACCAGGGCAUGGGCGGCGAUGCUGACGGGGGCGGGGGCGAGGACGAGGACGGGAUGGGCGGCGGGGAGGAGGGGUGUGUUGUUAUGUAGGUGGAAAUGUCUGAAUCGUAGUUUUUUGGUGAGAGCGGUCCGGG